AUGUACUCAGAAGAUCCAGAAAUUCCUAUGAAUCAAGAACCAUUUAAUAACAGUAAUAAUGUAUCAUUUAAUAAUUUUAAUAAUUUUAUGAAUCCAAAUGAAGAGGAACCAACAGAAGAGAAAACAGUUGCACCAAGAACAGUACAUAUUGGUAAUUUAGAACAUAAUUAUAAACAUGGUUAUGGUAAGAAUGAGAUUGCAACCUCUAGAUACUCUAGCAUUAGUCGUAUACCGCGUAUCAUUGUAUCACAAUUGAUUCGUUUAAUCAAUGUUUACUUUAUAAUCAUCAUAGUUUUAUCUUUUAUUGAUGGUGUAAGUCCAACUGGUAAAUUUACAACAUUAGGUCCUUGGUUAAUUACAAUUACAAUUUCAGUUUUAAGAGAAAUUAUUGAAGAUUUAAAAAGACAAAAACAAGAUGAAGCAGUAAAUUAUGGUACAUCAGAAGUAUUUAGAAAUGGACAAUUUGUUCAAACAUUAUGGAAAGAUAUUAGAGUUGGUGAUAUUGUUAAAGUACGUAAUAGACAAUAUUUUCCAGCUGAUAUUUAUAUAUUUUCAACUAGUGAACCAGAGAAUGUUUGUUGGUUCGAAUCAAAGAAUUUAGAUGGCGAAACCAAUUUAAAACAAAGACAAGCCACAAAAGAAACAAUUUAUCUAAAAGAUAAUGCUGAAUUACUUUCAAAUUUUUGUGGUUUAAUUGAAUGUAAUUCACCAACUAAAGAUUUACUACAUCUUAAAGGUUCUUUCUUUUUUGAUGAUAAUUAUGUAAUUUUAACACCAAAACAAUUAUUAUUAAGAGGUACAAAAUUAAGAAAUACAGAGUGGAUUAAUGGUGUUGUAAUGUAUACUGGUAUUGAUACAAAAUUAAUGCAAAAUACAGAAAAAGUUAAAGAAAAGAAAAGUCAUAUUGAAGAUUUGACUAAUCAUUUUAUAAUAUUCAUAUUUUUUUUACAAAUUUUAUUAUGUGGUGGUAGUGCAAUUGCAAAUGGUGUUUGGAGUACAAGUAAUCACGAUGUUUGGUAUUUAUUAUUUACAGCAACUGGUAUAGUGGAGGGUGGUAAAUCAUUUUUAACAUUCUUGGUACUCUAUAAUAAUAUUAUACCAAUUUCAUUCUAUGCUACAAUUGAAGUGGUAAGAUUCAUUCAAACCUGCUUCAUUAAUAAUGAUGUUGAAAUGUAUCAUGAAGAAACUGAUACACCAGCACUUGUAAAAACUGCAAAUUUAAAUGAGGAAUUAGGUCAAAUUGAAUAUGUUUUCACUGAUAAAACUGGUACUUUAACUCAAAAUGCAAUGACUUUUAAAAAAUGUUCAAUUGGUGGUUAUGUUUAUGGUGAUAAUUCAAGUACAAAUACAAAUAGUAACAAUAAUAAUUAUGAUGAUAGUAAUGGUGGUGCAAGUGGUAGUGGUAAUGGUAAUGAAAUUAGAUCAAAUGAAAUGAUGUCAUUAGAAAUACCAAUUUCACCAACUUAUCAUACUGGUAUUACAAAUUAUGAUUUAAAUAAUAAUAAUAAUAAUAAUAAUAGUAAUAAUGGUAAUGGUAAUGGUGCUGGUUCAUCAUCAUCAUCAAAUUCAAAUUCAAAUUAUACAAAACAAUUAAUACCAUUUGUUGAUUUAAAUGAUGAUAAAUUAUUAGAAGAUUUACACGCAAAGAAUGAACAAUCAAGAUUGAUUGAAGAAUUUUUCUAUGUUUUAUCAAUUUGUCAUAGUGUUAUACCAUUACAAGAGGAUGGUAAAGUUAGUUAUAUUGCAACAUCACCCGAUGAGAAUGCAUUGGUAUUUGCUGCUAAAUCAUUUGGAUUCGAAUUCAUACACAAGACAACCAAAGCGGUCUAUUUAAAAAAGAAUGGUGUCGAAGAUUUGAAAUUUGAGUUAUUGAAUGUUUUAGACUUUUCAUCGGAACGUAAGAGAAUGAGUGUCAUUGUCAAGACGCCAACUGGUAGGAUCAUGUUAUAUUGUAAAGGUGCGGAUUCAGUGAUCUUUGAUAAAUUGGCACCCAAUCAACCAAAUGCCGAUACUUCAAUUACUCACAUUCAAGAUUUUGGUUACCAAGGUUUAAGAACACUUUGUGUGGCCUCCACUCAAUUGGAUGAACGUGUCUAUCAACAAUGGGCACAACAAUAUCAUGCGGCUUGUUCAUUAACCAUUGGUUUGGAUGUACCUUCACAAUUGGAGAAAGAUAAAGAGAUUGAACGUGUUGCUGAAUUGAUUGAAACCGAUUUCCAAUUGUUGGGUGUAACCGGUGUUGAAGAUAAACUUCAAGAGGGUGUACCUGAAACCAUUCAAUUACUAACUGAAGCCGGUAUUAAAAUGUGGAUGUUGACUGGUGAUGGUCAAGAGAAUGCUAUCAACAUUGGUUAUAGUUCAGGUUUAAUGAAUGAAAAUUAUGAAAUGAUCAUUAUCAAUGAACGUACAAAAGAGAAUGCAAUUCAAGAAUUAAAUAGACAUGUUGGUGAACAAAUUAUACUUCAACAGGAGAAUAAUAACAAUAAUAAUGAUGGUAAUGAUUCAAAUAACAACAAUGGUGGUGAUGAUGAUGAUGGAUCAAUUACAAGAAAUGAAGAAAGAAAUAAAUUGGUAUUGGUUAUUGAUGGUGGUACAUUAAAGUUUGUAUUGGAUGAUGCAGUUGGUUUUACAUUCCUUAGAUUGGCUAAAAUGUGUGAUACUGUUAUAUGUUGUCGUGUUUCAGCACAUCAAAAAUCAAAGAUUGUUAAAUUGGUACGUAAAACAUUUGCUCCAAAAACUUUGGCAAUCGGUGAUGGUGCCAAUGAUGUAAUGAUGAUUCAAUGUGCUCAUGUUGGUAUUGGUAUCAAUGGAAAGGAGGGUAAUCAAGCCAUUUAUGCAGCAGACUAUUCAAUCUCUCAAUUUCAACAUCUUGGUCGUUUAUUGAUGGUGCAUGGUCAUCAUAGUUAUCGUAGAAUGUCAAAACUCAUUUGUUAUAUCUUUUAUAAAAACAUUGUACUAUACUUUUGCCAAUUUUUAUUUGCCAUUUUCUCUGGUUGGUCAGGUCAAACAUUAUUUGAAACUUAUAAUCUAACAGCCUACAGUGUAGUUUACACUCUCAUACCAUUGAUCGUCUAUUGUGUCUUGGAAAAGGAUGUCAACGAGCGUACAAUCUAUCAACAUCCUCAACUUUACAAAGAAGGUAUUCAACAUAAAUAUUUCAAUCAUUUCACUUUUCUACAAUGGAUUGCCAAUGGAUUCUAUCAUGGUUUCGUGGCCUUCGCUUUGGUGUAUUGUACAGUGGUAAAGAGUAAUCCAUUCACCAAUGGUCAAACUCAAGAACUUUACGCAUUUGGUAUCAUUGUCUAUAGUUGUGUCAUGCUAAUUGUCACCUUGAAAUUGGCUUUGGAAACUCAUCAUUGGACUUGGAUCAAUCAUUUGGCAAUGUGGGGUAGUUUAGUGGUAUUCUUCAUUUGGAAUGUAAUUUAUGCAACUAUCAAUACCACCGCCGUCGGUUCAAAUGUUUACUACGCCAUCUUCCACAUUGGUGAAUCGGCUCACUAUUAUCUACUCUUGGUUUUCGUACCAACUUUAGCCCUUUGGAGAGAUUUCACUUGGAAAUAUGUUUAUCGUACUUUCUUACCUGAUCAGUCUCAUAUCAUUCAAGAAAUUCAAAGAAAAAAUAAUAAUAACGCUGCUAAUAGCAAAUUUAAAGAUGAUUUAGAUAUUAAAUCUUAUCGUCCUAAUAAUGUAAAAAGAUCAACUUCCUCUUAUUCAAUUUCUCAAGAAGGUAGUAAUUCAAUACCUUUAAAAAAUUUAAAAAAUUCUAAUUAA